GGAGGGGCGGGGGCGCGAGCUUGUGAGGGGGAGGACGAGACGCGGUUCUAUAUAUUUUUCCAGUUAAAGAAAUGCUGUGUUGAUAAAGAUUUUUCCCGAAUCACUACAGUCAGAUCAGACCUUCUUGGUGUGUUAGAAACCCCGUUAGAAGAUUUUCAACUUCAAGUCCCGUAGAGAGACCGAUUCCACCUUCCAGUAUGGACUGUCCGAUUGAGGAGUGCAACCAGCCCCAGGAGGAGGACAUCAUGGAUAUCCCCCUGGAUGAUCCUGAGGCCAACAAAGCAGCCACCAAAAUCCAGGCCGGCUUCCGAGGGCACAUGACCCGGAAGAAGAUGAAGGAUGACAAGCCCAGGGAGGAGGUGAGCAGCAGCGGGGAACUCCUUAACGGCCGCCGGAGGGACUCAGGAGCAGCAGGAUCUGAAGAAGUAGAAGGAGAUGACACGUCGUCCCCGGAGCAGUGAGGUCCCCGAGCCCCCCAAAGCCCAUCCCCUGCAAUAACCACACCUUUCAUCCAAAAAUUAUCUUUCCAUGUAAGAAGCAAAAACUUUACUGUAGAAAUGGGUUAUGGGUUUUGUUUUUGGUUAUCGAACUCUGUCACACUUUCCUGCUUCCUGUCCAGUGUGGGUACAUGUCUAUGAGUUGUAAAAAUUGUGUUUUAUAGCAUGAAUGUUUCAUAUCUUGGUUGGUGCGCUCAAGUAACCAAGUCCAGAGUCCAGAAUACAGAAGUAGGCUUUUUGGAGAAUAACGGCUAAUAAUAUUAGAAGGGAUCAGCAAAGUCAGAUGAAUGUGUUAAUUGUUUUGCGUGAUGCUGCUUUGUUGUUUUGAGUCAUACAUGCAUUCAAACCUGUACCUAAAUCUAAACCUUCUCUGAUUAUUAUUUUUUGUUGUUGUUGUGCAGUCUUAUCCAAGUAGAAGGAUUGAUAUUAUCACAUUUUACAUAAAUAAAAUGAAAACACAAAAUGUUUGUAUAGCAGUUCCAUCGAAAAAAUCCCAUGUAAAUGAUUUUGCGGAAUGAAGUGACAUGUUUUUCCUCACUGGAACGAGUGAACAGGUUUGCCACCAUCCAGGCAAUUCAUAGGAGCGCAGCUGUUUUGUUUUUUCUCAUAAUUAGCUAUUGUCUCAGAAUGAUUGUUUUUGCCCUGUUUUUUUUUUUUUUUUUAAAUCUAAUCAGUUUUCUGACCUCUUUGUGCUGUUGUUUUGUUUUGUAUAAAGAGAGAGUGGCUCUCAAGGGUCAAAAUCAACAGCUACUCAAAAUUCUCACACAGCUUUCUGAUUGCUGCAUAUGGUAACACGAGUAAUUGUUUACCACCAUGUUCUGUAUUCUUUUCUGUGUAGGCUAUUGAUUUCCCAGACUUCCAGAACUCAAGCAUGCAAUAUUUAAGAUGUUUCUGUUGAAUAAUUUCUUACAUUUUUGUGGGUGCAAGGAAAGUGCAUUUUGUAUGUAAUCAUGGACGUCAGUUUUACCUUUACCUUGAAGCAGAUGGGUGAGAUUACAAAUGUGUCAAAAGCGUUUUAGAUGACAAGUUGGCAUGCUGCAUGUUCAACAUGAAUGGUCUCUUGCCUGCUGCAUUCCACAAAGGAGUAACACCUGUUUGAAGUUAAUAAAUAAACAGUGUUGGCCAGUUUA